GAAAGCUCUCCUAUCACAUCGGUUCUAGCCGGUUCAAGGAGGCUCCAAGAAGGUGAUAACAACUACAGCAUACGGAUUGCCCACGAAGUAGUGUUUGCCGUGGACUUCAAUCAGAGCCCCGGUUCACUAUGGCCCCUGCAACAGCAAUGGAUCAAAUGGUGCAUCGGCUGUUGAACAAGCCGCUCAAACCAAAAGCAUCAAAGAAAAAAAGGGAUAAACUGGUUCCGUGCACAGACACCAAGACUCUGCUUGAGUUCAUCCAUGAUGGGAAGCACAAGGAGUUCAGAGCCGCGCCAGACUUCGCGUCCAUCAACAACGAGGACCGACUCAGGCUGGCCGAAGCGAUUGUCGCUCGAUAUCAGUCUUGCGACCCUGAGGAUAUCGAUGAGGACUCGGACGACAGCGAUGACGAUGGAAGCGGCCAGGAAACGGGGAUGCCGACGCCGCCGCCCAGUCCUCCUUAUCAAACUCGAGAACAGUGGCUGGAAUGGUUACUGGAGGCUUUGUCGCCGGAUCCGCGGGCGGGAAGAAACCUGGCCGAGGAGCUGAUCAAGAGAAUGGGCAUCCAUGAAUCAAGACAAGGCCCUCCGGAAAAGCACGUUCAUGAUCAGGAAGUCAGCCAUUUUUACAUACUACAGUACGUGGUCGAGAAUAGCCAUAACCUCUGCUACGAUCAAGAUGAGAUGAAGCAGACACUAUUCCACAUCGCCGCCAUCCACGGUGCCAAAACAGCUAUCAGGGUGUGCCUGUCCGUUGUUUCUGGCUGCUGUGACAAGCCGCGCGAGCAUGAGCCAGGCUGCGAAACCGUCCGACGUUUUCUGACGACCCCCGACAAGGGCGGCUUUUCACCCCUCGGCCAUGCAAUCGCCAGGAGCAAAACACCAACUGUCUUUACUAUGAUGCAAUUGCUUGGAAACACAGAGUCGGACGAGUUGCGAAAGUUCUUGAGAGAAGCCAUCACGAGCACUAGUGGUAGCAACGUGGACAUCAUCCGCGAGUUACUGACCGUCAGGCCCCUUGGAGACAAGAGACAAUACCAAAAAAAUAUUGUGGAGCAAGAAAUCCUGCAACUUGCGGUCAUUCACUUCAACCCUCGGGUUUUCGAGUUUCUGCUCGCGGCUGGAAGCGCAGUUCUGGCCGGCCCAGAUUGCAGUUUGGUCCACUACGCUGUACACAUGGGUCGACCCGAAGCCGCGAAAUAUCUGCUGGCGAAGUUCCCUGACCUUGCCACCAGAUUUCACCUUCAUCCGGACCACGUCCCCGCGCCGAGCCCGAGCACAGCAAUGAGUCAGUCAAAGGUCCCAAUGCUUGCGCAGGGGGCCGGUACCGCCUCAGAAGUUGAUGAGGAGAAAUUUUCGGUUCUUGCGCUUUACAAUGGCGAAGAUGACGAGCUUAGAGAUCUCAUAUUUGAAACUCUGAUGAGAAAAUUGCCCAUUUCGGAGAUUCGAGAACAUCUGGGAGGUCGUACUUGGACCGGCAAAGAAAUAUCCCUCGAUGUUACUAUCCUGGCAUAUGAUCCACAUUCCCUUUUAGCAUUUCUCAAUUCCGUCAGAAGUGACCUUAGCAGGCUUGAGGACUGUGCCAGGAGACAAAUUGCACGUGAGGCGGAGGAAACGGACGAGGAGCCCCUUCAAAACAUUCGGCUGGCAGAUAUGCCUAUCGAAAGUCUCCCGUACCUUGACAACAAUGGCAUUGAGUUUGAGCCGAUCCUGAAAUAUGUCAACAUUCCUUUCUUCACAGGUCGACUGGGAGAGAAGCGAACUGAGGCAGUUUCCAUCCUUCAGUGGCUCAAGAUCUACAAGCGCGUGAAGCGCGUCUUCGAGAUUACUGUGGAUGAUUGUAGAUAUUGCCCCAGUACCGAAGAAGACAUCGAGAUGGCUCUCCAAGACCUGGGUGUGGAGCACUUGGACUGGAGAAGAACCGACCUCUCGAUCGCGUCCAUUGCGCGCGUUGCGAAGGAUCUCAAGACCCUACAUCUCUAUUCCAGCGGCAGCCUAGCAGCCAUUGAUCAUUGGCUUGGACCUCAGGGCAUAAACUCGUUGAAGCUUGAGCGGUUGUACAUCCACAUCAUCCAGGCUAGUACCCCAUUGAUGACGCCGUCCGUUACCGGUUAUGACAACUGA